AACGACACAGAUGGGUGCCGCAAGAGACAAUACCUUCAAGAAAGGAACGGCACAUAAGUAAGUAACACAAUUGGUCAACCAAACGAGGAUGUGGCAAGAAAAUCGAUUCCUGCAGUACUAGGGAUCUGGCAAGAAAAUCGAUUCCCGCAACUCGUCCAUCAGCACGGCCACGGGGCGCCGAGGAACUCCGGGAAGCUAAUCACGACAUCCCCGUCCGUCCACAUCCGCGUCCCGCACCAUCGUCCUCAGCUCCUCGAAGGGCAGCGGGGCCAGCUCGGCGGCGGAGAUGUACCCGGUACCGUCGAGGUCGAAGGCGCGGAACACCUCGAGCAGCUGGUCGACGAGGCGCGGGGCGUGGGCGGUCAGGACGCGGGCGGUGGCGACCGCCAGCCCGUCGGACUCCACCGUGCCGCCGCCCGCCUUUGUAGGGCUUCCCCCUCGCGCCUUGUUGUAUUCGGAUCGAUCUCGUGACUGAUUCGUCCCAAAUAAGUAGACAUAGAGAUUAUUGAUAAGGCAAAUUGAAGAGGACGGAGGGGAAAACACAGGUGCUCGCUAACAUGGGGAUGCUCGCGCUGAAGCGGCUCAUGUCUACGCAGCGUCGCCAAACCCGAGCCCCUGGAUGUGAUGCAGACCGAUGUAGUUCUUCAGAGGCUAAAAGAAAGAAGGAAGUCGGCAGCGAUGAUGUUUCUCCAGGUGCUAAACGAUUGAGAUCUUCAGGACUGCACCUUCCAGAGGAUAUCUGGUGUCACAUUCAUUCCCUAAUGCCACUGCGAGAUGCUGCUCGUACUGCCUGCGUGUCUCGUGCCUUUUCACAAUCCUGGAGAUAUCAUCCCAACCUCACCUUUAAUAAGUGUAUGCUUGGCUCAAAUAGCGAUGGACAUGUAACAGAUUUCAUCAGAACAAUUGACCAUGUUCUGAAAAAACACUCGGGAACUAACAUCAAAACACUCACACUUGAACUGGAUGAUUUUAAAAAUUCCUGGCGUCGUCGGCUGAAUAGUCUGCUUCAGAUUGCCAUGAGACCAGGGAUUGAAGAAAUAUCCCUUAGCUUCGGCUUCUUUGCGAAGGCAGCAUACACGUUUCCAUGCUGGCUUUUAUCUGAUAGGAUCAGGAAUUCAAUUCGGUGUCUUAAACUACACCGUUGUGUUUUCGGCCCCACAGUCAAACUUGGUCCUUUCAGAAGCCUGGCAAUGCUGCGUUUCUUUAAAGUGCGUAUUACAGGGUACAAGUUAGGGUGCCUUCUUACAAACAGUCCUGCUCUCGAGUGGUUGGAACUUAAUUCUUGUGACGAGUUAGAUAGCCUGAAGAUACCCUGCCAGCUUCAGCGGCUUAGCUACCUGAGUGUUUACUUUUGCCUGAGGCUGUACAUGAUAGAGAUCAAAGCUCCAAAACUUCGUGUUUUUGACUUGGAUGCAGAAAAGGUAAUAAAGCUCUCAUUUGGAGUAUCAGUGGAGCUGAAGCAGUUAUACAUAAGCAGUCCAGACCUUGUGAGUUGUGCCCAUUUGGAGUUCCUCUCCAAUGUGCCAGAUCUCGAAGGUCUCAAGCUAAAAUCGUGUUGCCAGGUGAUCAGUUCAGUUAUGCUACCCAUCAAGUUACUCCACCUCAAAGAAAUUAACCUUUCAUUGACCGAAGAGGGUGACUAUGAUUAUUUUUCUCUGGCUUGUUUGCUUGAUAGCUGUCCUUCCUUGAGGAAAAUUUUCUUAAAUGUAUCUCAUACAUGCGUGGGACAUCAGACGUUCAUGGAAGAUCCCUCACACCCGAGACAGAUGCCAGGGCAGCAGCAUGGCAAUCUUAAAAGCGUGACAAUCUUUGGUUUCUGUUAUGCAAAGAGCUUAGUCGAGCUAACAUGCUAUAUCAUCGAGAACGCUGCUACAUCGUUGGAGAGCCUAACAUUGGACAUUCAUGGUACGCGUGUUGUCUCGGUAUCUGGUGCCAUACUCAGGCCCAUGUACGAUGGUAAGUUGGUGGAGGCUCCUCGAACUCUUCUGGCCAUCAGAACAUACAUCCAGCGGAGAAUCCCCUCGACUGUGAAGCUAAAUGUCCUGGAGCCCUGCGGCACGUGCAGUAGUAGUGUUGGACAUUAGGCACCAACCUAUCGUCCUGGAGUAACUAGGUACUUUAAAUGCUCUAUGUUGUUGUUCAAAUUACCGGAAUUUGUCGGAUGUUUGAAGUUGUGUACUGCUACCAUUAAAAAUAAGUGUGGUUUUGAUUAUUAA